CCAUGAGUUAGUGAUGAGUUACUGGCGGGGAAGGGUCAACACGCUGAUCGUGGGUCGGUAAGACUUCACUCCUCCCCCAGACCUCUCCGACUGUCUGGCUUUCCCUUCCACCCAACUUCAGAAACACCAAUCGGCCGUCCGUUCCCACGCCUCCACGAACAAGUAACAAGAAACUUCUUGAAUCAGCAAAGAUUUUAAUAUGCGGAAACGACCAAUUUAAAUACCAUUAAUGGAUGGCGUGCACUGCAAAAAUAGGAUUAAGGCUCGUAACGAGUAAAUAGCUUCGAUCCCCGGUCCGCUCCGGACUCACUGAGGGCAGAAACUUUUUCGUGUUGGAUCGUUACGGUCUUCGGAUCGCUCCGUCGUUCAUUGUUUUCCGUUCUGUUUAAACACAUCACAGUUCAUCGUUGCACAGUUGCACUCUGAUCGUUGUGUUUUCUCGACUGGGAUCUGUAUUAUUUGAUUUUUUUCUCGCAUCGGGGCUUGCGAUUCGUAGUUUUGUUUUUCCCUCGGAUCACAACGAGUGGAUCAGAACUAGCGGACUGUCGCCGACCUCAGGAAUUCGCAGCAACAAAAUGAGCCCCUCUCCGAUGCUAGCUAGCUAGCUGGCUCGCAGCUUCCCUCCAUGCUACUGUCUUAUAACUCUGUAUACGCUCAUUUAGCCCGCGGAUCGAUCGUGCGUUUGAGUCCUCCUACGGACAAGCUAAACAUUAGUAACUUUAUAUCAAAGUGUCGCUGGAUGUGUUGACGUGCGGCAGCCCGGGACACCGCGGAUAGCCAGGAAGCUAGCCCUUUUUUUAGCUCUUCUUGUGGAAGACAACAUGCCGCAGUUAAAUGGUGGAGGGGGGGACGACCUGGGAGCCAACGAUGAACUCAUCUCGUUCAAAGACGAGGGCGACCAGGAGGAGAAGAUCUCCGAGAACGUGUCCGCCGAGCGGGAUCUGGACGACGUCAAGUCAUCGUUGGUAAACGAAUCGGAGAACAACAGCAGCUCGUCCGACUCCGAGGCGGAUAGACGUCCUCAACCCAGACCUCAUCUGGAUAAUUACGCCAGACAUAGAGAGCUCUUCGUGGAAGCCUUGAGGAGACAGCAGGAUGCGGGACUCUUCAAACCAUCCCCGUACGCGGGCUAUCCCUUCCUCAUGAUCCCGGACCUUUCGAACCUGGGCAACCCAUACCUGGCGUCCCAAGCUGCGAGAACGUACCUACCGAUGCAAUGGCCCCUUCUGGAUGUCCCGGGAUCAACGGGCAUGAAGGACCCUCGCUCCUCCACCUCGAGCCCCCUGUCCAACAAGGUGCCAGUGGUGCAGCACCCCCACAUGUCGCACCUGUCCCCCCUGCUGUCCUACAGCCCUGACUCCUUCCCUCCCCAGACUCCGCCCCCGUUCUCUCCUGAUGCAGGUAUGUCCCGGGCACCUCAUCCUGCAGAGCUGUCCCCGUAUUACCCCCUCUCUCCUGGGGGAAUGGCCCAGAUGGCCCACCCCCUCGGCUGGCUCCCUGGCCAGUCCAUCUACCCCCUCACCGCAGGGGGCUUCAGAUCCCCCUACCCCGCCGCUCUGGCCAUGAACGCCUCCAUGUCAGGCCUGGUGUCGGGGGGCUUCCCGUCCCACCUCAUGCCCCCCUCCCAGACGUCGGUGCCCCACCCGGCCAUCGUGUCCCCCGCUGUGAAGCAGGAGCCCCGAGAAACAGGCCACCACCAUGGUAAGGUGUCGUCCCCAGUGGAGAAGGUCAAGGACGACCGGCCCCACAUCAAGAAGCCGCUGAACGCCUUCAUGCUGUACAUGAAGGAGCAGCGGGCCAAGGUGGUGUCGGAGUGCACCCUCAAGGAGAGCGCCGCCAUCAACCAGAUACUGGGCCGCAGGUGGCACUCUUUGUCCCGAGAAGAGCAGGCCAAGUACUACGACCUGGCUCGUAAGGAAAGACAGCUGCACUCCCAGCUCUACCCCGGCUGGUCGGCCCGGGACAACUAUGGUAAGCGGAAGAAGAGGAAGCGGGACAAUGGGAAGUGUGACUCUGCAGAAGUGUCUGCGGGGGCCUUCUCCCCGCCGUGCGUGCUGAGCCCCCCCCAGGAGAGGGCGCCAGCGCACUCGCACCUGAGCCACACCCACCUGUCCCAGGCCAGCCCCGCCUCCUCGCUGGACUCCCCGGCCACGCCCACCACGGCGCUGGCCUCCCCCGCCGCCCCGGCCCCCACCCACACUGACCACCCCCACCCGCACCACGGCGAGGGCUCGUCCAUGUACGCCGAGCAGGUGCAGCCCCUCUCCCUCAUCACCAAGUCCCACCGCUCCGGCCGGGACCCCCACCCCCACCUGUCCCAGCCGCCGGCCCCCCAGCCCUCCUACCUCCACCCACACCCCCUCAUCCGCAGCGGAGCCAAGAUCUCAGGUCCCCACUCCUCCUCCUCCUCCUCCUCCUCUCACCCACAUUACUCCCCCCACAUGGUGUCGGCGCGAAGCAAGACCCCGCCCAUGUUCUCCCGCUCUUUUCCCUUGCCUCCCAUGUCGGCCCCUCCCCCCGCCUCCUCCGAGUCGGCCCACCACCAAUCGGAGCAGAGCCUGCAUUGUGCCUUAACCCAAUCGCAGCCCCUCUCACUCGUGACGAGAACCAAGAACUGAGUCUGUUUUUUUGAAGGGGAGGGGCCUGACUGUGGCUCAUUAACCCCACCACCCCCCACCACCCCCUUGGGCCCUUGACCUGAAAUAGGAGCGAUGAAGUGACUUCAUGCCCUGAAUCAGUUGGUAAUGAUCAAAAUGGUGGAACUCUUGCCUUAUUCGGUUUUUGUUUCGUUCUUUUUUUUUUACCUCCUUUAAGACUGUAAAUUACUUUUUUAAAACCCCUGUUUUUGUUAGACACUAGAACACAUUUUAGGAAAAAAGAAAAAACUAUUGGUCAAUAUUUGACUGCCUCUUUCUAACUUCUUGGAACAAUGUAUUUUUGUAAUGCCUCAAUUUUACAUAGCAUCUUUUUCCCCUUCCCACAACGAUAAGCAUAUUUUCAACAGUUAAGUAAGAAAUAGAAAAAUAAGACCGGUGUAAUGAUCUUGUUUCAUAUGAAUUUUAAUGUUAGUCAUGAGUUUAGAUCUCUUCGCAUUUAUUUUAUACAACACCUUCCCAAUGUGUUAAUAAAUAUCCAUUUAUUUCUGAAAA